GUAAUAGGUGGUCCUGCUGGGGGGUCUGCGACAGAGCAUCAGGCACGAGACGCCCCACCAAAGCAACGGAUCAGACAACGUCUACAACUGCAGCUAGAAGAAGAGGGAGAAUACUUCGACCUCGACGCUGUCGAUACCACUGACGAUGAGGCAUCGAAAGAAGCCGCCACUCGUCGUUUGGGACCAGAUUCUCGCCGAGCCCCGGUUGGUGGUUCAACCACGAUGCGGGUCACAAGAAGAACGCCCGACAAGAUGGCUAAGCGAACGACUUCAAAGCGACGAUAUCAUACAACGAGAUCGGUUAUCGACGAAUCAUACUCUGAUAAUGUCGAUUCUGGGACAACCGCCCCCGUUUCAGGGCUGGGUAGCCAUCUGGCAACGCCAUUCGCUCCGAAGAAUGCCGUGAAGAUACCGUAUCCUCAGAGGGCCCCGGGAGUUGUAGACCGAGCCGAAGGCGAACAACGUUGCACUUCUGCUCCUGAAGUUGCUAGUCAACGAGCCAACAGUAUCCGCUCGUCGCCACAUCACACGCCCCCUCGUCAGACAGGAAGGACGUUUCAGGACGAAGAAUAUGGUCUAUACGCGUCGGACACGUCACCGUCCGAUCCAAAGUUCUCUCAUACAUUCUCUGUCCUGUCUAUAUCGUCUCCGUCCAAUUCCCCACUUGGUGCACGAGAUGUCAUUGAACUCUCGGACUAAGCAGCUUCUCCGGUCCGAGCCGGUCCGAGCUGAUGAUAUCAUGGCUAGAUUGGAUUUCUGCAGCAUCCGCUAAGACUUGACUUCACUCAUCC